AUGCUCUGGGACACCACCCAUCCACUCUUCCGCUUACAGAGUUCAAAAUAUGAAGCGUGGGGUGAAAUUGCAGACAUUUUUGACUGUGAAAUAGUAGAUUUAAAGAAGAAAUUCAAUUCAAUCUUCGCGUCUCAUAGACGAGAGAAGUCGAAAGUCAGGCUAGGUGGACGGUCUUCAUGGUUCCUUUAUAACCAUUUAAGUUUUCUUCCCAACCAUCUCGCUAACGAUGAAACGACAGCAACAUCUGUGGUAAAACCUCGUAAGAAACGGAAGACCCUUGAAGAGACAGAAGUUGAGCUGUCCUGCGAGGAAUAUGAAGACCAGGGCAAUGAGAGUCCAAUGCAUGUCAUGAUAAAAGAAGAACCGGAGUUUGUCGAACAACUUCUACCAAAAAUUCAAUAUGUCUGUACAAAACCACGUCUCACGAGAGUGUUAAAGAAAAAUGUAGCUAAAGAAUCCCAUAGACCUCGUGUUUUGGAAAGAAAACUGUUCAAACGCUCGGAAUAUUUCAAGAAGAAAGACGAGUGUGAUAGCUUUGGUGAAUAUAUUGCUAUGUCUUUGAGGAAACAUGAUGAGAGAACGCAAUCAAUGAUAAAACAGGCCAUCAAUAAUAUUCUAUUCGAGCAAGAGAUGAAGAAGUAUAAUGCUGGACAGUAUGUUGUCAUAUCCACUGUUGAUGAAAACCCUUUAAUAAUUGGUGAUGAGAGUGAAAAA